AUGGCCGAUUCGAUCAACCCUCCUGCGCCUGGCAUCUCCUACUUCACACCCAAGCAAAGCCCACCAGCUGGAACCGCUAUCAACCCGCAGAAGAGCGGAAAGCCGAUCCCAAAGCUCUUCCAGCCGUUGAAGAUUCGCGGCGUUGAGUUCCAGAACAGGAUCUUUCUAUCUCCUCUUUGCCAAUAUUCUACGAAAGAUGGCUUCGUAACUCCAUGGCACACGGCACAUCUCGGCGGAAUUCUCUCGCGAGGUCCUGGUCUGACUAUAGUCGAAGCUACGGCCGUGGUGCCGGAAGGCCGUAUCACUCCAGAAGACGCCGGGAUCUGGUCCGAUGCGCACAUCAAGCCCUUCGCCCAAAUCGUUGAGUUCGCCCACUCGCAGAACCAGAAGAUCGCGAUCCAGCUCGCGCACGCAGGCAGGAAAGCUUCGUGUAUCCCACCGUGGGUGGCCAAAGAACCGACUGCCCCCAAGGAGGCUGGUGGAUGGCCCGACAACGUCUGGGGUCCGUCGACGGUGCCGUUCCACGAGACGUAUCCCAAGCCGAAGGAGCUCACAAAAGAGGGCAUCGAGCGCGUCGUACAGGCAUUCGCGGACGCGGCGAAGCGUGCGGUGGCCGCUGGCUUCGAUGUCAUUGAGAUCCACAACGCGCAUGGGUAUCUGCUGUCCUCGUUCCUCAGUCCCACAAGCAACAAGCGGACAGACGAGUACGGAGGCAGCUUCGAGAAUCGGAUUCGGUUGACCCUGCGAGUGGUCGACGCCGUUCGUGCAGUUAUCCCAGAGACGAUGCCGCUAUUCCUGAGGAUCUCUGGCACAGAGUGGCUGGAAGAAAUUGCCCCUGAAGAACCUCAAUGGCGCGCCGAAGACACCGCGCGUAUCGCACCCAUUCUCGCCGAGCACGGCGUCGACCUCCUCGACGUCUCGGCUGGUGGUAACGACGCCCGCCAACAGGUCCGAGCAGGGCUCAAAUACCAGGUCCCCUUCGCCGCCGCCGCGAAGAAGGCUGUCGGUUCAAGCUUGCUCGUCAGCGCCGUCGGUGGUCUCGCCGAUGGUAUCGUUGCUGAGGAGGUCCUCGAGGCUGGGGAAGCGGAUGUUAUUUUCGUCGGACGGGGGUUCCAGAAGAAUCCUGGCCUUGUGUGGAGGAUGGCAGACGAUCUUGGUGUAGAGGUCCACUGGGCGAACCAGAUUGGGUGGGGAUUUGCAGGACGCGUCGUUAAGGUGUUGGGUAACAGUGAGCCGCCGAAGAAAGGGGCUAAUCUGUAG